CUCUUCCUCAUUUCAUUACAGGAAGUGAGUUUGCCGUCAGAUGCAGUGCUGUCGCGACACUCUGUGACAGGUCAUUACUGAAAACUCUUGGGAACAUGGUACUUCUCUAGUACUGGACUGCGCUGCUGCCACCAUGCCCUGUUUGGGCUAUCAUUUCUCUCACCACACUUGAUGCCAUCACAGCAGGCCAGCUAGUCCCCAAAGGCUGGAAUCUGGUCCAUCUGGAGGAUGGGGAAUAUGAUCCGAGGCGCGAAUGCCAGGGACAAGGUCACCACAGACAGCUCUUUAAAAGGUCCCGAGGACGACAUUGUGGUGGUGCUUAACGACUACCCGUCGUCUGAAAUCAGUGAGCCCAUCUUCAGGAUGGGGGAGAAGCUCAGACUCAUCUCUAAGGAAGCUUACUGGUGGAGAGUACGCUCUGUCCAAACACAAAAAGAGAACUACAUACCCAGCAGCCAUGUGGCAAUUGUCUACCAUGGUUGGCUGUUUGAGGGGGUGGAGAGGCAGAAGGCCGAAGAGCUGCUCUGUCUACCUGGGAACAGAGUGGGCUCCUUCCUGGUGCGGGAGAGCACCAACGAGAGAGGUCUGUAUUCGCUGUCAGUGAAGCACAUGAUCGUAAAGCACUAUCGUAUCUUCAGACUGGACAACAGCUGGUACUACAUCUCCCCUCGCCUCACUUUCCAGUGCCUUGAAGAUAUGAUCAACCACUACUCGGACUUUGCAGAUGGCCUAUGUUGUGCGUUAACCUCCCCCUGUCUGUCGGGCAUGACCCCGCCAUCAGAUGCAACCCCUGGAGCUCCACCUGUUGUCAUGCGACGCAACUUUGACUGGAAGAAAAUAGACAGGGGACAGCUGGUCAGCACAGACAGCUGCAGUGACAACAUGGUGAGCUAUGGAGUCAGGAACAGCAUCGCCGCCUACCUGUCCUUUUCUGGGAAUCAAGACCCUACGCAGACAAGAAGAGACACCAGGAAGAAAAAGAGUAAAUCUGUUUAUGCUAUCCCUCAAAAUGCCCUUGGAACAAUUGAUUAUGAGGAUGACUUCUAGAGAUGGCAGCAGGGUUCAAAAGACUGGAACACAGACUGGAACACUUUCAAGUGGAAGGGAGUAGAGGGCAUCCUUCUUUCAAAUCCACCACAUUUCUAAUGUUGGCAGUGAACGAACAUUUGUGUUUAGCAUCCCAAACAUCGAAGUGUGUUAUAGUUUCUAAAUUGAGCACUUUGAAGUACUUUAACAAUAACGCAAAUUGCAUGCCCACUUACACUUUAACUCAGCUGAGAAGACGGAACUUUAUGGCGUUUAACUGGAAGAUGGUGCAAUUGAACUGAGAUUAUGUAUUCUGCACAGCCUGGCAUUAUGAUAGUAAAAAGGAGACUUGAAUGCUAUGGGGUAAUGGUGGGUAAUAUUAAUGUGUGAAUGGGUAUUAGUGGCUUUCAAACUAUUUUUCUGUGUUCUUAAUAAAUGUAUAUUGUAAAACUGCUAUAUUUUACCACCAACUUAAACCAACCACCAACUUGAUUUUUUUGUGUGGUCACUUUGAUAUACUUUCACCUUAUGCAAAUAGCAGAUAUAAAGCAAUUUUAGCUAUACUUUUAGUCUACCUGAUAAGUCCAAUGUAAAUUUUGCUUUGAGCUCUGAUAUUGGCCUCCACCAACUCCUGAGGGAAAUAUUUGGAUCUUUAGCUGCUAAAUGCUCCACUAUGUUCACCGGCUAGUCAUUAACUUUGUCUGUUAGUCGUUGGGUGCUAAACAGGUAGUGUACAGUUGGUUUAUCAGAGCUUUUCCAUUAAAAACAGCUGCCUGCUGGGAACCAAAAUUGAGGACUGAACUGAAGAGUUGGGUGAUGUGUCACAUCUUAUUUGAUCCAUUGUUAACAUAGAAAUAUUGAUUAGAGCAGCUGCAAGUCUUAAAUAUUUGGUGUCGAGGAAGUAGAAAAAAUAAACAUUUGGAAAAUAAUAAACUU